UACGAAAACAGGAAGGUUCAAGAUGGCGGUUGUCUGACGAUAGUUUUUGUGACGGAGCCGACGACAAUUUUUUUCCGGUGGACAGGUGGACGCGCCGAUUCUGACGACUAGCGGGACGCAGACCUUACCGAUGAACCUCGCCGGUCAAGGCGGGGACAACUCCGCCGGUCUCCUCUUCGUCAACUUCAACCAAGACUGCACAUCGUUGGCGGUUGGCUCGAAGACGGGAUACAAGCUUCACUCGCUGAAUUCGGUGGACAAAUUGGACGUGAUCUAUGAGAAUGCAGAAAGUGAGGAUGUGUGCAUCGUGGAGAGACUUUUCUCCUCCAGUCUGGUGGCCAUCGUCAGCCUCUCUGCACCACGCAAGCUCAAGGUGUGUCACUUCAAGAAGGGUACAGAGAUCUGUAACUACAGCUACUCCAACACCAUCCUGGCUGUCAAACUCAACAGACUCAGGCUGAUUGUUGCCCUUGAGGAGAGUCUGUAUAUCCACAACAUCCGUGACAUGAAGGUGUUACACACCAUCCGCGACACCCCGCCCAACCCCAUGGGGCUCUGCGCCCUCUCCAUCAACAACGACAACUGUUUCCUGGCCUACCCUGGCAGCGCUCAGAUAGGAGAGGUCCAGGUUUUCGACACAGUCAACUUGCGUGCGGUCACCAUGAUUCCGGCUCACGAUAGCCCCCUAGCGGCUUUACAGUUCAACGCACCUGGAACCAAACUAGCAACUGCUUCAGAAAAGGUUUGUCCAUCAGUAUAUGGUUACCUUUGCAGAAGGAAGACAUAAUAUAUUUCAACUACA